AUGUCAGUUGAACUUCCAAAAAAAAAACAAGAUGUUUACAAGUGCCGUGAGUCAACUUGGUACUUGUCAGAAGAAAUUGCCGUUCUAUCACUCUUUGAUGAUGAAGUUGAUGAACAAACCAAGGAAAAUAUUGUACUGAACUUACAAAGAGAGAGUUUGUAUGAUUCUGGAAAGAGAUACAUUCCAUCGAAAGAAGAUAUGUCUAAUUAUUUGUAUGGAAAAUCAUUAAGGGAUUUUGUGUAUAUCAAGAGUAAAACUUUAUUUUCUCGAUUAAAAAUUGAUGAGAACUUCCUCCAGAAACUUGUUUCUACGUGAGACACAGAUGUUGCCUAUUUACGGACAAAAAGAAAAGUGUUUUCCUUAAGAACAGUUAAUGAUACAGCUGAAAGAGCUGUGAAACUUAUGCAAAAUUUUCAUAGUUUGAUCACUGUAAACGUAAAACAAAAGCAAUUUUUCCUACGCUGUGUACAAGCACAUAGAAAUCUGUCAAAAAGAGACCCUCAAAAGAAAUUAUCCU